AUGUCAGAGCAUCUGCUGGCCAAGGCUGGGGCUGCCGGGACACUAGAAGACAUCUGUCACGAUUAUCAGUCUUCACUGGAAGACCUGACUUUCAAUAGCAAACCGCACAUCAAUAUGCUGACCAUUGUAGCUGAGGAGAACCUGCCCUUCGCCAAGGAAAUCGUCUCUGUCAUUGAGGCCCAAACGGCCAAGGCUCCUUCCUCAGAGAAACUUCCUCUUAUGUACCUUAUGGAUUCUAUUGUGAAAAACAUUGGAAAAGAGUAUGUCACUGCCUUUACUAAAAAUCUAGUUGCAACAUUUACUUGUGUGUUUGAAAAGGUGGAUGGAAAUACAAGAAAAAGAUUAUUUGAAUUACGUUCCACAUGGGAUAAAAUAUUCCCCUUGAAGAAACUUUAUGCCUUGGAUGUCAGAGUCAAUUCAAUAGAUCCUGCAGAUGGCCCAGCCAAGAUGAUUUUUGAAGGACCUAACAAAUUAAGCCCUAGAAUUGAUGGACCUCCUACACCGGGUUCUGUUCGGUUUGAUGUGUCACCAGGACAAAUGGGGGGAGGAGGCCCUAUGAGAUUAGAAGCACCACAUGGUCAGUUAGGAGGUGGAUGCCCUUUGAGAUUUGAAGUUUCUCGAGGACCAGUAGCAACACCUCUGUGGUUUGAAAAGACAAUUGUUCGAGGAGAUGGAGGAGGCAGCAGUGGCAGCGGCAGUUUUCGAUUUGAAAGUUUACCUAGUGUCAGUUUUAAGAGAUCCACAGGUGAUUCGGGAUUUGAAGGAUUUGGGGGUAAGUCUUUGGGUGAUCUGAGGUCUGAAGGCCCUCAUGGACAGCCUGUGGGUAGUCUUAGAUUUGAUAAUCCUCGAUGUCAGCCUGUAGGUAGACUUAGAUUUGAGGGGGGUCAUGGUCCAUCAGGGGCAGCAAUUAGGUUUGAUGGUCCUGAUGGUGAGCCAGAUGGUACUAUCAGAUUUGAGGGCCCUUUGCUACAGCAAGGAGAUGUAAUGAAGUUUGAGGGUCCCCAAUGUCAGUCUGUAGCUGGUCUGAGAUUGGAAGGACAUAAUCAACUAGGUGGGAACGAUAUGUCUGAGGGACCACAUGGCCGACCAGGGCUUGGGAUCAGGUUUGAAGGACCUUUAGUAAAACAGGGAGGAGGAAUGAGGUUUGAGGGUCCUGUACCAGGAGGUGGCCUGAGAAUUGAAUCACCUCUGGGUCAAGGUGGUCCCCGAUUUGAAGGUUGUCACUCUCUAAGGUUUGAUGGACAGCCAGGUCAGCCAUCACUUUUGCCAACAUUUGAUGGAACACACAGCCAGCCAGGUCCUAGAUUUGAAAGAACUGUUCAGCCAGGUCCACAGAGAUUUGCUGGGCCACCUGGACAGCAGGUUCAACUGAGAUUUGAGAGUGUACCUCAAAGAUUUCAUGGGCCACAACAGGAGCAAGCAUCAAGACCUGACAUUUUUAUUGCUCUGCAAGGUACCCAACAAGACAAUCAUCGUUCACAAAGGCUUGAAUCUUUCAAUCAGACUGUCCCAUAUAAUGACCCACUUGGCAAAGCUUUAAAUGUUCCAUCUCAAGGACUACAGUUCCAAAGACAUGCACAAAUAUUUGAUACACCUGAAGGACCAAAUUUUAAUGGACCUCAUGGCUCUAGAAACCAGAAUUUCCCAAAUGCUCUUAACAGAGCUUCAGGACACUAUUUUGAUGAAAGGAAUCUUCAGAGUUCUCAGUUGGGAAACUUGGGCAAUUUACUUAGUCCAAUGUCAGGAGGAGAUAUUCAGACAUCUCAACAGGUUCUGAUAGGUAUUCCUCAGCCGGUAGCUUUUGGACAAGGACAACAAUUAUUACCAGUUCAUGCACAGAAUGCUGGAACUUUUAUUCAAAAUCCUUCAGGAGGUCUUCCUAAGGCAUAUCCUGAUCAUCUCAGUGAGGUGGAUGUAAAUGAAUUGUUUACAAAACUGCUAAAAACGGGAAUUCUCAAAUUGUCACAGCCUGAUACAGCUAUAACACAGGUAAAUGAGGCUGAUACUCAGCCUCCCCCUGAAGAGGCGAAGGAUCAGAAUGAAGAUCAAGAUAUUCCAGAUCUCACUAAUUUUAAAACUGAUGAAUUGAAACAACGUUAUGACAGUGUCAUACACCGGCUGUACACUGGGGUUCAAUGUUCUUCUUGUGGAACCAGGUUUCCGACAUCCCAGAGAGAUGUCUAUGCAGAUCACUUAGACUGGCAUUAUCGGCAAAAUAGAACUGAGAAAGAUGUUAGCAGAAAAAUCACUCAUAGGCAUUGGUACUACAGUUUAACAGACUGGAUAGAAUUUGAAGAAAUAGAUGAUCUGGAAGAACGUGGAAAAAGCCAUUUUUUUGAACAGGUUCAUCAAGAGAUUGUCCUCAAAACUCAGGAGGCUGCUAAAGAAAAGGAGUUCCAAAGUGUUCUUGCUGGACCAGCUGGAGCACUUCAGAGUUGUGAAAUCUGUCAAGAACAAUUUGAACAGCACUGGCAUGGAGAGGAAGAAGAAUGGAACUUAAAAAAUGCUAUUGGAUUAGACGGAAAGAUUUACCAUCCAUCGUGUUAUGCAGGUGACCAAAAUACAUCUUCUUUUGCUUGUACACCAUCUGCCAUCAAGAUGCCAGUUGAAAACCCUUCGAACAUUAUGUUGAACACUGUCAAAAACGAAUUGCAAGAACCCUGUGAAAGUCCCCAAGUUAAGGAAGAGCAAACAGAUGCCCCACCAGCCUGUGCAGAAUAA